CAGCCCUGCUCCAAUUGAAGGCGAUCUGAACUAACCCAGCAGUGUAUCGAAAGACUUGCUGUUAGAUACACCAUGAAGAACGUACCCAACACAAUCGGAAGCAAGGUUUUCUUUUUAAUUAUUUUCACAAGCCAGAUUGUGUUAAUCACUUUGGACCAAGGGGUAAUUGGAACGGAGCAAGAACUCCAUGGCGUGUAUUUUUCCAACUCUCCAAACCUAUCCUGCUCUACUUGGUCGUGCCAACAAAAUAAUUACUGGAGACCAUCGAAUGUAAGAGGAUACUUCAGAGACAUGGGGUGUGCUUGUGACCAGUAUUGUGGAAUUGUGGGAGAUUGUUGCAUGGAUUACAAUUCUAACUCAGACGAUGAUGAGAUGGGGACACUUGAUAGAAUAGAACCUCACCUCCGCUGUGUCCAAGACUCGACUGUGGCCACUGAGGACGGGUUUUUAGCUGUGGUCAGUUGUCCCCAAAGCUGGUUGGGAUCUGAGACUGAGGUUUUAUGCAAGUCUGACAAUGUCAGCGAUCUGAUGCUGAGACUACCAGUUACAGGGAAUCACUCGGGCCUUGUAUACCGCAACCUGUACUGCGCUGUGUGCCACGACGAACCCUAUCAGUUGUGGCGACCAACGGUUGACUGCAGUUCAAUGAAACCAUUAGAUCUUACUGCGGCAUCCAUGAUGGACGAAAUCCUGGAAAACCAGAAUUGUCAUCUUCAAAAGCUUACUCCAAAAAAAGAAGGAAAAUACCGACCGUGUAAACCGGAUGUCAUUAAAAGUUGUGCUCCGGAUUUCAAUGAUACGGACAUGAUAUCAAGGUGUGUAUCAAGUGUGCAUAUGCAAUUGGCGUUCUCUGAAUCAGGUGGGACGUUUUAUAACGUUGAAUGUGCCCUGUGUAACUACCAUUCUCCCUCCUGCCUAAACAAUGGCGUGAGACCCUUUGGAAAGGGCGUUCGAUCAAGAGGAUUUUACUCUUUUUCAAUUCUGUUUGACUUGAACACCCAAACCGGAUCAACUCAAGUAGGCUCCAGACUAAACAAGGUCCAACAACAAGUAAACAUGACACAUACGUGUCCCAGAUUUCAGGUUUACGACCCAUUCAUUCGAAGGUGUCGUAAUGUUUAUACAGAUGUUGUAGUACAUCCAGAACUGACUUCACAUGUUACAAAUUUUAGCCAUAGUUUAAGCAGCAACGCCGGUGAUUGUUCACGACUUCGAUUAAAUGGAAGCGAGUUUGCCAUUUCUGAAGACGGCACAUUAGAGACUGUAUCGGGAUAUGUAUUCGACCAGUCGGAAUACUAUUAUGAUGGAAAAUUCGCCUAUGUGUGUACCAAUUUAACCCAAAAUUUCACAGAAAUAUCAACUUUCAUUGAUCAAAAGACAGAAUUUAAUUUCUCACCAAUGACAGCUAUCAUCACAUCAGUAGGUUUAUUUGUUUCUUUAUUAGGACUGAUGAUUACCAUGGUGAUAUAUGCCCUCAUCAAAUCUCUGAGAAAUAUUCCUGGGAAAAUCAUUCUCUCCCUUACCACGUCGUUGUUCUUUGCCAACCUGACUGUGCUCUUCGCACCACGGGCUGAAAGUUUUCCAACUUUAUGUAAAGUUAUUGCGGCGUUGAUGCACUAUCUGUUCCUGGACGCAUUCUUGUGGAUGAACGUAAUGGCGGCAGAUGUCUGGUUCACAUUCUCCAAGAGUUUUGUCAAGGCGGGCGAUGGUGGGAAGUCGUCGAAGAGGUUCAUAUUUUACAACGUUUAUGUCAGGGGAGUUGCCAUCGUUCUUGUAACGGCAGCCGUAACUGUCGACAACGUGGUCUCUGAAAGUCAGUUCAAGCCAAAUUACGGACGUGGGUUAUGCUGGAUAACAAACAAACGAGGCCUACUUGUGUUCUUUGCUUCGCCCUUAUUUCUUCUCAUUUGUCUUAACUUUGUAUUUUUCUCCAUUGCUGCCAAGAAUAUCCACGAUGCUAAGCGGAAGUCUGCUAUCUAUUUGGGCAAAGGUGACAGGAGCCAAUUUGGUAUUUAUGUCAAACUGUCUGUUGUAAUGGGAUUGACGUGGGUGUUGGGGUUCUUGGCCUCGCUGUUCCCUUACACCGUAAUGUGGUGCAUUUAUAUAAUCUUCAACACUCUUCAAGGCAUGUUUAUAUGUAUAGCGUUUGUGUUUACAAGAAGGGUUUUGCAUUCACUCCGGGAGCGAUUUAUCAAUCUACGGAGACAGUCUGCCGCCUCUGGCCAGAUGCCCUCAACCCCCACACGUAGCACUGUUCUCACCUUCAAGAUCACAGACCGAGUGCAGUAAGUGUUCAAGCUGUUUUUACAGCUGCAACAUCGCAGUACAACUUUUCCAAGGCCCCAUGACGUGUUUACAUGAACCACGGAGCGAGAGAAGAUGUGUUACGCCUUGUAUCUAUUGGAUGUGGUAAUAAUACAGACUACUGCUUGUUACUGCAUCGGAUUACAUUCGCUGUUAUGGCUUCGUGUGCAGUGAAACCUGAUUAACACGACAUUUAGUGUACAUGCGUGUUGCACUCGGCAAUAUUUCUGCUAUAGACAGCGGCCUGUAAAUAAUGUCUUGACCAGACAAUCCAGUGAUUGAUAUUGUGAGCAACGAUCUACUUUGUAGGGGUACAACGACACACCAUCAACCAAGUAAGUCUGAUCACAGAAAUCCUUUACGUCGCCUCUUACGAUAUGCAAUGGUUGUUGGGGACCAAUUGUAACGUGGAAUCAACACGUGGGCGAAAUUCAAUAACCUGACAGAUCCCUUAAAACGAUAUGUCUACAAAACUAAGCGGAAACAAACUUUCAUAUUUCUUAUUCGACAUGACAGAACACGAAGUAGGGUGAGUUAAUGCCUGUAUAAAUGCUAAGGCCGGUACCAAAAAUAAAACAUUAUGAGAGAUUGUGAUGUCAUAUCUAUUGUGACGUCUUUACAUAUUACAUCAAAUAGUUGGGUCUGCAUUCGUUUGUCUUGAAAAUAUGGAUACUAAACAAAAAUAAUUACCCCACGGUUAAAGUCAACUAAUCGUGACAAAAUUAAUGACAUUAACAUAUUAUUCGUUAUUACCAGCUGGUUUGUUAUAUCUAACAAUACACGUCCCACCCCUAAUGUUAUAAGUCAAUAAGACUAGUGCAAUAUGCAUACAACGUACGGGUACAUUUGUUACUUCAAAAGAUAGUUGCCUGUUUCAAACAGUUCGAGAUUUGAUGUUAAUAUACUGGUACGCGCAUGGGACGUGGAUACAUAUACUCGAUGAUGGUGUUCACCAAAAAGGAUU